AUCACCUUACAAUGGUCGAUAAUAGGUGUAAUUAAUUUACAAAGACCUUUUUAUGGCAUGAGUUAAAUUCAGACCUUUAUUAAUUAUUUUAACUUUGUCAUUUGCACAUUUAUUUAUCAUUUAUUAGAAGGUCCACAGGAUUUUAGCAAUAGGUGAGUAUUUUCAGAUUUCGACUUGUUCAUUAAUAAUGAAUACCAUCUUCUGCAAUUUUGCAGAUCUAUGCUCAAUUAAGAAACAAUAGAAUGUCCGACGGUUUCCGUAAACCGUUCAACGUCGACGAUGAACGCAGUUUAUUCUCAAGGAUGCCCUCAAAGCCAUCGCUACCGAAAUCUGAUGUCCACAGGACAACGCUUCGGUCAUAUUACAAACUGUCGACCUUAGGAUCUAUGUCGAGAGAUAGUCUAGCUAGUUCAAUAUCAUCUUUAACCGCUUCUAGGGAAAAUCUUUUUUCGUGUGAAUUCACUCCACUCGGUUCCAGUUGGAAUUUAAAUAAUAGUGCCAAGAUGUCCCUAUUAGAAGAGGUUAAAUCGCAUAAAAUUAGUGCGGAAGUUAUGAAACAAAGACUAUACGAAAGCGUUAUAACAUCACCUAGUCGUCGACGUCAUUCAACUCUUCAGCAUAGUUAUUACGCCGAUUCUCCUCAAAAUUUUCAUAUUGUUCAAUCGUUACCUGUUACCCCAGCCGCUUCUAAAAGUACUAGUCCCCUAUCAAGCCCCAGGUCUUCCCGCUACUUUACAAAGCGCACUGAAGAAGAUAUGUGUAUUGAAGAAGAGAACGGUUUAGAGGAAGCAAGAUGUGCUGGCCUGGCAUCAGUUCUGAGACCAGAGGCGAGAUUUGUUCCAACGCCUGGACGAAGUAGCGAAACAAACAAAAUAGCCGAAUUUGAGCGAAGAUUGAAAAACUACCCUUCAAAUCAUGACCUAUCCAUGUCAUUGACCGAUGGGCCAAGUCCGGCAAAGCGAAGAACGAAUAACUUGAAUUAG